AUGGCAGACUUGGCGCUCUCUGGCUUAAGGUGGGCAGCAUCGCCAAUCAUCAACAAGCUCCUAGCUGAUGCUACAGCUUACCUCAGCGUGGACUUGGUGCGUGAGCUCCAAAAACUAGAAGCCACUGUCCUGCCACAGUUUGACCUGGUGAUUCAAGCGGCAGAGAAGAGCCCCCACAGGGGCAAGCUGGAGGCAUGGAUCCGGAGGCUCAAAGAAGCCUUCUAUGAAGCUGAGGACCUGCUGGAUGAGCAUGAGUACAACCUCCUCAAGCGCAAGGCAAAGAGUGGGAAGGAUCCCAUGGUAGGGGAGGAUGAAGCCUCCUCCAUUGCAUCGACCAUCAUGAAGCCACUUCGUGCUGCUAAGAGUAGGGCACGCAACUUGUUGCCAGAGAACAGAAAGCUAAUUAACAAGAUGAAAGAACUCAAGGAUAUCCUGCUUGAAGCCAAGGAGCUUCGCGAUCUUCUUGGCUUACCACAUGGCAAUACCGUCGACUGGACACCAGCUGUACCUGGAACCGUUGUUCCUACAACAACAUCACUUCCCACUUCAAAGGUUUUCGGUCGCGACAGAGAUCGUGAUCGUAUAGUUGAUUUUCUUCUCGGCAAGACGACAACUGAAGAGGCAAGUUCAUCGAGGUACUCAAGUUUGGCCAUUGUUGGAACGGGAGGAAUGGGGAAGUCCACCUUAGCACAGUAUGUCUAUAAUGACAGGAGGAUUGAAGAAUGCUUUGACGUCAGGAUGUGGAUCUGCAUCUCACGCAAACUUGAUGUGCGACGUCACACACAGGAGAUCAUCGAGUCUGCGAAAAAGGGGGAGUGCCCAUGUGUUGAUAAUCUUGAUACUCUCCAGUGCAAACUACGAGACAUACUGCAACAGUCACAGAAAUUCCUACUUGUCUUGGAUGAUGUUUGGUUUGAAAAAUCUCAUAAUGAGACAGAGUGGGAGCAACUCCUCGCUCCAUUAGUCUCUAAACAGUCUGGAAGCAGAGUUUUGGUGACUUCUCGAGGUGAAAUGCUCCCGGCCGCUGUACGCUGUGAACAAGUUGUUCGUUUGGAAAACAUGGAUGAUGCUGAGUUCUUGGGUCUCUUUAAACACCAUGCUUUCUCUGGAGUAGAAAUUCAAGACCAGCUGUUGCGCACAAAGCUAGAACAUAUUGCUGAGGAGAUUGCUAAAAGGCUUGGAAAAUGUCCUUUGGCAGCAAAAGUUCUGGGUUCCAGAUUGAGCAGAAAAAAGAUAUCACUGAAUGGAAAGCUGCACUAA